AUGGCGUCAAUGACCAUUGCAAUAGCAGGAAUCACGGGAAAGUUUGGCCGACUUCUGGCUCUUUGCUUACUGAAAGCGUUGCCCGAAGUGAAGUUGCGAGGCUUAGCGCGCGAGCCUUCAAAGGUCGAUGAUCCAUCCCUGUCAAGUGUCAACUUGUUUCAAGGCGAUGCCUUUGAUGUUGACAGAAUCCGUCAGUUCGUCCGUGGUGCAGAUGUGGUCUGCUGUUGUUAUCUCGGCGAUGACCACCUGAUGAUUCAAGGUCAGAAAAUUCUGAUCGAUGUGGCUGAGGAGGAGGGGGUUCCACGUUACAUUGCAUCGGACUGGUCCCUGGACUGGACAAAGCUUGAAAUGGGCAAAUUGUUUGCCAAAGAGUCUUGUCAGCGUGUUCACGAAUAUCUCGCAACAAAGGCGAACAUAAGGGGAGUCCAUAUACUGAUCGGAGGAUUCACCGACGUUAUCUUCGCGCCGUUCUUCAGAAUCUGGGAUCAAGAGAACUUGACAUUCAACUAUUGGGGCACUGGGGACGAGAUGUGGGAGUGUACCUCAUAUCUGAACUCUGCGCAAUAUACAGCAGCCGUAUGUCUUGAUCGUGAAGCAGUGGGUAUUCUGCGCUUUGUUGGGGAUGUCAUCAGUAUUAGGAAUAUGGCCAAAACCAUGCAGAAGGUUUAUGGUAAGGCGCCCAAUAUGCAUCACAAUGGGUCGCUGGAAGAGUUGAGCGCUAUAAUGGUCCAUGAACGGCAGAACUAUGGCGCAGACUUCUACAAAUAUGUGUUCAAGUAA